AUAGAUUUGGCGGAAGUAAGAAAAGAACAGAAUUACCUGAUAUCACUAUCACCAGUUAAUACUCUCAGACAAAACCAAGCAAAUGAAAAUUUCUUUUGUUCUGACUUGGCUGGGAUUGAUUUCUCUUCAGCAUUAAACAAUGAGGAAAGUUUCGAUUCAAGUCAGCGUAACUCCUCAGAUAAAGGGAAGAAGAAUUACCAGGAAUUUAGACAUGUGUUUUGUGAUACGUCAAGUGGGACAGGGAUACCAAAUCGACCAAAAUCAGACCCUCAAGGAGCUGCAGGCUUGCAGUAUGGAUGGAAUAGCAAUUUGUUUAAAAAUGAUCCCUGGCAGCCCUUCAGUACUGCAGCAGUGGAUGUCCGAGGACCAGGAACCAAUCCAGGUGUGGCUAGAGGGCAGCCAACAGGUGUAUGGCCUACUGGUCCAUUUCCCAAUCAAGCAAUUGGCCAAAAUAACUUCAGAACACCUGAGGCACAAUUUGGAUCAUUUGGUUCUAAUCAGUUUUCCAAUUUACCAGUGAAAAGUCCUGUACAAUCCCCUUCCACAUUUUCUGAAAUAGAUUUUAAUACUGUUGUGUUACCGUCACCGUCGGCAGGAAGUAAUUCUGUCAACCCAAGUCAUUCAUCUACAAACACAAACAAUUUGCAAAAUCUCUUUGAGUUGGACAAUAUUUCACAAUGGGAAAGAGAUCUUGCAGCUGAAAAACCUAAGUCUGAUGACCUGAUGGAUUUUUCUCCAUCUGAGGAAAAAGAGUAUUUGUCUCUUGAUUCCUUUGAUCCUUUAUACGAACGGACGCGAAGAGAAUCAAUUACAGAAUCAAAUUCUGCUAAACAUCAAGUGCCAUCAUAUAUGAUAGGUGAUAUAAGCGAGGUAAGUUCUAAGUCACAACUCUCUUCAGAGGGUCGGAUGGAUAUGAGGCAGAGAGAAAGUGCUGGAUCAUUGUAUCCAAUGGAACAGCUGCAGGCAGCAAGAGAAUCGUCAGUUGAACACUCAAGUGAAGAGGAUCUCGAAAGAUUUCUACAAAGUACAGCAACUGACAGUGAAAAGAUAAGUGAAGUGGUACCUCCCCCUCGUCCACCACCUAUCAAGACCUCAACAAAGUCUUAUGAAACGUUACGGAAACGCCUUUUUGUUGAUGAUGAAUCCCAUGCAUUUUGCCAGAUGGUGGCUGAUUUGAAGUCACACUAUACCUCAACAGAUUGCAGUUGUAAUCUUGGUUUUGUUGUGAGUCCUCUGUGUGAUAAACAGCAGCCCUCACUCUCUGUGAAAAUUGUCAUCUACUCCGACUUUGCUGCUGACCCUGUUUUGUUUACCUGUGAUGUCCAUACCCUGGUGGAGCACAUUGUGUGUAACGUGUUGUACAACCAUCUUACAGACGUGUCUCAGAGUUUCUCUUCCACUGAUUUCAUCCUCAAAGUUUCCGAUAGAUCUGAGUACCUCCUCAAUGACCAACAAUUGUCCAAGUAUGAGUAUGUUCACGAAUGUCUGAAGCUGGACAAGGAUAUACGCUUCAUGCUGAUGCAACGCCAAGAUGUUACAUUACCAUUCUUGAGAACAGUCAGUACAUUGAUAAUUAAAGUCAGUUAUGUGGAUCAGUUGGAAAUCCUGAUAAAUAUUUUCUACACACAAGUGGAGAAAUUGAGGGACCACAUUCUAAAGAAUGAAACUAAUGAGAUACAGUUCCGAAACCUGCAGCAGUCUGUGAAGGCUAUAUGUAUGACACUAGCCAAAAUAGAGACUAUCGACAUCACGAAAACUUUACAUCGCGCAGAGGGCAUAAUACAACAGUUUGUGAGUCAAGAAAGUCUACAGAAUUAUGAUAAUGAAGUGAAGAUGAAGGGGCCAGACCAAGAUACACAAGUAGCUAUCAAUAUGGCUAUCCGGUGUUCCUUGAUUGAAGAAUUAGAAGAGGUACUUGACCAACUGCUCGUGACAGUCAAAGAGCUCAUCAAGAUGUACUGUCACACUUUCCAUACCGACUACCUAUUGGGUGCAGCCGUCCAGCCCGUCAGAGAAACAAAGCCUGUGAUUGUAUUGGAGGACAACUUCAUUCUACAUAUUGCUACGAUCCAUCGUAUCCCUGUCACCUGGGCACAGAAAUAUGAUGAGUUUAAGAUCGUUUGCAGUCUUCAUUACGGCAAAGAAAAGAUAGACAUGGAUGUGGUUACAACAUGUAAGACCAUCUCCAAGACUAAGCUGUGUGGACUGGAAUGUAUUCUCUGGGACGAAUGGGUGAGUUUUGAUGAAAUCCCAGUCCAGGUGUUGCCCAGGGAAACACGAGUAUGUAUGACACUUUGUGGUGUCAAGGUGGUACCCAGUACAAACCAAAACAACACACAAGGAACCAAGGUUUUGUCAGCCCUAGGUGGAGUCACAGUACAACUUUAUAACCAGAAAGGACACCUGAUCAGUGGUCACCUGUUGGUCCCUUUGAAGAUGUACAGUGUGGCUGACCCUUUCAUUCCCUUCUGUUCAUCACUACAGUCAGAUGCUGCACUGAUGCAGAUCAAUCUGCCAGACUUUGGAAAACAAAUUGUGUUCCCAGAAGUUUAUGUGUCAAAACACUGUGAGAAGAAGCCAUUCUCAUCGUUGUUGCCCGAGAUACAGAAGAUAGUGACUGAUACCAUGGAGAAGGACUGUGUUACUUCUUGUCAGGCUGAUGAGUUAGAGAUACUAUGGCGUUACCGCAACUAUCUACACUGUUUCCCGAAUGUGUUGCCAUGGAUACUGCAGGGUGUGUUGCGAUGGGACUGGGGUAGCUUGUCUGAGGUUUACUCAUUACUACAGAGUUGGGAUGGUAUAGACCCAAUGCAGGCAUUGGAGCUUCUCCUACCACAAUAUCCUGAUAUUACUGUGAGGAAAUUUGCUGUUGACUGUCUCAAGACAAUGGCAACGGAUGACCUUAAUGAGUUCAUACCACAGCUUAUCCAGGCCCUGAAAUAUGAAAGUUACCAUGCCUCCGACCUGUCUCGUAUGCUCCUGGAACAGUCAUGCAAAAGUAUCAGAUUUGCUCACAAGUUCUUCUGGUUGUUGAAAGGAGCAGCACAGGACAGUAUCUACAAGCAUCGAUAUGAGCUGAUGUUCGUUGCUUUAGUAAGUGUGGCAGGCGACGCCCUCUACCAGGAGUUCAGAAAACAGGAAGAGCUGGUGAAGAUCUUAACGACUGCUGCUGAGAAAGUCCAGGUAUCAAAGGAAAAAGACGGAACUUUGAAGCGAGAACUGCAGGCUUUGUUUGACUUGUUUGAGGAUCGUGGCAGUAUUUUGUUGCCAUAUAACCCUGGCUUGGCUGUGUCAGGGAUAGAUCUCAAGUCUUGUUCCUACUUUACCUCGAAUGCUUUGCCUCUGAAACUGGUGUUCAGGAGUACCAACAUCAAGAAUGAGCCAAUAUAUGUCAUGUUCAAGGUGGGAGAUGAUCUCAGACAGGACAUGCUGACGAUGCAAAUGGUGAAGAUUAUGGACAGACUGUGGUUACGAGCUGGACUGGACCUCAAAAUGAUAACAUUUGCUUGUCUUGCUACUGGACCCAAAAGGGGUGUAAUCGAGCUAGUCAUGGAAUCUGACACACUGCGAAGAAUUCAGGUAUCAUACGGGGUGAUUGGAUCCUUCAAAGAUCGACCAAUCAAAGAGUGGCUUCAGAAACACAACCCCACGGAACUGGAAUACCAGAAGGCUGUGGAGAAUUUCACCAGUUCCUGUGCUGGCUACUGUGUGGCAACUUAUAUCCUUGGGAUUUGUGACCGCCACAAUGACAACAUCAUGCUGAAACAGUCUGGGCAUAUGUUCCACAUAGAUUUCAACAAGUUUUUGGGAGAUUCCCAGAUGUUUGGAAAUAUCAAAAGAGACCGAGUGCCAUUUGUUUUGACCUCUGAUAUGGCAUAUGUGAUAAACAAUGGAGAAAAACGAAGUGACCGUUUCCAGAACUUCAUCGACCAGUGCUGUCAAGCGUUCAAUAUCAUCAGGAAAAACGCUAACCUAUUCCUUAACCUGUUCGCUCUGAUGACGAGGGCAGGGAUCCCGGGAGUCAGUGAGAAUUCUGCUAUGUAUAUCCAGAAAGCGCUGUUACCCAAACAAACUGAUGCUCAGGCCUCGGCCAUCUUUACAAGGAUGAUAGAGGACAGUCUGAAAUCUGUAUUUACGCCAAUCAACUUCUUCAUCCACAAUCUCGCACAGCUCAAAUUUUCCAGUCAUCAAGAAGGAGCAUUGUUGUCCUUCGUUCCAAAGACUUACAGUGCAAACACAGAUGGUAAAUUGGAACAUGUAUCACUUCACAGCUACCAGAAACGCUAUGAGCCUGAAAAACAUUACAUUUUUAUCUUCAAAGUUCUACGAGAAAAUCAGAAGUUGCCGUCCUAUGUCUUUCGCCAUUAUUCUGAACUCAUGGAGUUUCGUUCUCGACUAGUAGAGCUCUUUCCAUUAGUCAACUGGCCAAUACUUCCAAGCCGGUUGGUCAUUGGUCGUUCUCAAGUCAAGUCAGUAGCGGAGUCUAGAAAAACGGAGAUUGAAAAAUUCCUGGCAGAACUUUGGAAUAAAACUACAGAGAUAAAAGAUAGUGAUCUGGUAUACACGUUCUUCCACACAUUGCUGCGAGACGAACAAGAAUCACAGAUUGAGAAACUUAACACACAGAAGAGGAAAGUGAAUCCUGUUCAGCUCGUCCAGCAGCAGCAUCAGUUUGGUCAGCUCAAACUCUCUUUCCAGUAUUCUAAGGAAACCCUUAUGGUCAACAUCAUGCAUGCAAGAAAACUUCCUGGCGUGCCUGUUCCCCCUAGUCCCUAUGUGAAAACCUACUUACUUCCAGAUCCUGAAAAGCAAACAAAGCAAAAAACAAAGAUUGUCAAGUCAUCAACACACCCAACGUUUAAUGAAGUGAUUGAGUACAAAAUGGCAUUGUCUGAUGUUCAUCAGAAGACUCUACAGGUGAGUGUGUGGGACCAUGACAUCAUGAAGGAGAACAGCUGUCUAGGAGCAAUUUACAUCAAGUUACGUAACCAAAACCUACCCACAGAGACUGUUAACUGGUAUCAACUACACAGCAUACAAAUAACUGAUUCCUCCAUGCUGGCGUAAACCUACAGAUAAUGGAAUCCUCCACACGGACAUAAAUCUACAGAUAAUGAAAUCUUCCACGCUGACAUAAAUCUACAGAUAAUGGAUACCUCCACGCUGACAUAAAUCUACAGAUAAUUGAUCCCUCCACGCUGACAUAAACCUACAGAUAAUGGAAUCUUCCACGCUGACAUAAAUCUACAGAUAAUGGAUCCCUCCACGCUGACAUAAAUAUACAGAUAAUGGAUCCCUCCACGCUGACAUAAAUCUACAGAUAAUGGAAUCUUCCACACUGACAUAAAUCUAGAUAAUGGAAUCUUCAAAACUGACAUAAAUCUACAGAUAAUGGAAUCUUCCAUGCUGACAUAAAUCUACAGAUAAUGGAAUCUUCCACGCUGACAUAAAUCUACAGAUAAUGGAAUCUUCCACGCUGACAUAAAUCUACAGAUAAUGGAAUCUUCCACGCUGACAUAAAUCUACAGAUAAUGGAAUCUUCCGCGCUGACAUAAAUCUACAGAUAAUGGAAUCUUGCAAGCUGACAUAAAUCUACAGAUAAUGGAAUCUUCCGUGCUGACAUAAAUUUACAGAUAAUGGAUCCCUCCUUGCUGACAUAAAUCUACAGGUAAUGGAAUCUUCCGCGCUGACAUAAAUCUUCAGAUAAUGGAAUCUUCCACGCUGACAUAAAUCUACAGAUCAUGGAAUCUUCUGCGCUGACAUAAAUCUACAGAUCAUGGAAUCUUCCGAGCUGACAUAAAUCUACAGAUAAUGGAAUCUUCCGCGCUGACAUAAAUCUACAGAUAAUGGAUCCCUCCACGCUGACAUAAAUCUACAGAUAAUGGAUCCCUCCACGCUGACAUAAAUCUACAGAUAACUUGUUUCUCAGGGGAGGGCACAGUUACCCAUGUCCUUACCUCAUGUUACAUGCUGUUUUGAGAAGUCUCAACAGAUUUUACAAAAAUGGAAGAGUCUGAGGAGCAGGGAUACGGAACGAGAACUUUUGCAAAUUAUUUAAAAUCCUUCUUCUGUAGGAAUGAUUGCAUUUUGUCAAAGUUUCAAUGCAUUUUUAGAUGAAAAAAACUCCGUUUUGUAUAAACAGUGGGUCUCAAGGUGGGGUUGGGCCUACUUGGAGAAAUAGAGAAAUUCUUGAAAAUCCUCCUCCCUUAGUCAGAAUGUCAGGAUUCUAUCCCAGUUUGAUAUUGUGUGAAGGAAAUGGCCCUCUAAUGCAGGAGGGGCGGGGUCCAUUAUGGAAAAAAGAGCUUAGUCUUUAAAAUCCUUCUUCCUCAGUAGGAAUACAUGGGUUGUGUCCCAUUUUGUCAUGAAGCAUUCUCGAAGUCGAUUCAAUGUUGUGUCAUUGGUGGGUCUAUACCCCAUUGGGUGGGGCACAAUAUGAAAAAUACAGCAAAAUUUUAACAUUACUUCUCCAUUGGUUAGAAUUUAAAGAUUGUAUCCCACUUUGGUCUGAAGCAUCCAAGGGUGAAAGGAAAUCCAUUAACAUUGGGUCUGAUGCUCUUGGGGUCAAAGGGAAGAGGUCGAAUAAGGGAAAUGCAGGGGAUUCCUUUUUUCUUCAGAUGGGAUGGCAGGAUUCUGUCCCAAUCUGGUCUUGCGCAUGCUUUGGUAAAGAUGAAUAGUUUAGAUAGUUUGGUAGACUCCUUUUAGGUAUAGAGAAGUGACACACAAUUCGGGAAAUAUAUAUCAACUUUUAGAAUCCAUGUCCUUUAGUUUGGAUGGAACACUUUCACUCAAACAAAGCCUAGAGAGUGAUACAGGCCCUUUGGGUCCCAUGUUUAUGUUAUCACCCUAUACCAUUAUAAAUUGACAUUGUUUUCCUACAUCAAAUUGAGUUGGACAAAAUGGCAGUGUAAAAACCAAAGGAAAAAGAGUUCAUUUUGAAUGUAAAAAAAUAUUGCAGUCUGUGAUGAAAUUGUAAGGCUUAGCUGUUCUUAUCUAUCAUAUUAUUGAUCUGUAAUAGCAGUUACAGUUGAUGUUUAAAUAGUAUCAUAACAACAAGUUCUAUAACUCCUCUUAUUCUUGUUAGCAUAAGAGCAGUAGUAAUCAUGUCUUAUAGAAUUUUUUCUUGUUUUAAAAAUGUUUUUUCUAUUGUGGUGUUUAGCCACGUCAUGAUAACAAUGUUUUAUGUGAAUGCUUGUACAGUUUACUGCUGACUCAUGUCACCACCAUGUGUCACAUGACGUGUACAAAUGUUUAUACGCAAUAGUCAUCAUAUGUUCACCAAACCAUGUAGAGUCUACAUUUAUAUAUAUUAAGUCAUUUAAUUGUUAAAUAGAUUUUCAAUUUAUUUGAAAAAUAUUUAGACGUCCUGAUUACAAUGAUUUUCAUAUAAAUAGGUCAUCCUUGCUUGGUUUACAGCGGCUUGGAAUGAAAGAAAUUAAUAUACAGAAUGAAAUACUGCAUUAUUAUAUUACUGCAAUCUUAUUAUUUAUUUGUUUAAUGUCCUGAUGAGGGUGUUUAGAUUUUGUGGCUAACAGCAUCAUCAACAUUGAUAAAUGCUAAAUCAAUAGGCCCACCAACCUCCUUGAGUUAGGAAUUAUGUUGACCUCCUGUAUGGCAUGUUUUGGACCUUCCAUAUGUUUAUCAGCUGUUCAGAACCACCUCAAAAUGGCCCUGGCUGUUGAUGGAGUGAUAGACAAAGCAAACAAACAUCAAGGAUUAGGAAUGAUCCAACAAGAUCACGCUGGGAUCUUUUGUAUGUAUUUCAGCAACAGCAGAAUUAACAUUCUACACAGGUCGAAUAGAUACAAAACUUCUGGUUCAUGUGUAGUAUAGUCAUCUUGUUUGCACUCAAAGGUGCGUACAAAUAUUGUGACUGGGGAACACAUUGUGUCCUUGUUUCUGUUAGUCAUCAUCUAAGUCAUUUUGCUGAAUUGAAUGGGGAAGGACGCAAUAAUAUUAAAGAUUCCUCUUUCAUCAUUGCAUGUGGAACCAGUUUGAUUUAUCACAACAUAGCACAUAUGUUUGUUAUGGUAUUUUAAGGUCCUUUUUCAUCUUUGAAUAUGGAACAGGAGUCAUUUAUUUCACAUGUAAUACACACAA